AUGGAACAAAUAGGAACACUACUGCAACGAAGGCAGUAUACACGGAAAGAUCUUAAUAUUGACCAGGAUAGCACGGAUGAUCCGAACAUGAGUUAUGACUUUUUAAAAGGACGUGCACCUUCCAGAUCUCUAGGGAAUGCGUUGGAAGCACUAUCCUCGUCAGGAUCAUCACAGUCAUCAUCUACCGUUGUUCGUAAUACUGAAUCACCAAGCAAGACGACAAAUGAGCAAUUGAAAAAUAUUUCUCUCAGUACAUUAGAGAUGGAUGCUAACUUCAGAGAGAAAUUGCAUGUUGCCUUGACUUCCGCCAGGGAGAAUAGAACAGUUUCCGGAAAUAACACAUCAGUCGAGAAAGCGCGUUCACCGGUACCUUCAAGUUCGAUAACGGGAAAUUUUUCAACGGACAAGGAUGCCGGUACACAUUCGAAUGUGCAUAAAGGAACAAUUUAUCAAGAUGAGGAAGUUGUAAUGGACGAUCCACCGACUGAAAGGGAAGACAAACAUGUCAGAAUGGUAGAGUCUCGGAAGAAAGAGAAUGCUCGUAUGGACAAUUUGCAGAAUGUUAGUGAUAAUACUGGAAUGAGACAGUGUGAGGAGCACGAAGAGGAAAUCGUUGAUGACUAUGAAGAUGAUGACGAUGAUGAUGACUUUGGUAACCAAUUGCUUACAGACUACACCGAAGGUUUGCUACCAUCACCUCCCGCGUCUCCUCCACGUGAACUGGAUCCCAACAAAUUGUAUGCUCUGUAUGACUUUUCUGGACCUGAUUCAUCACAGGUGGAGCUCUCCAAAGAUGAUGCUGUCCAAUUACUGAAUGAUUCUGACAGCUUUUGGUGGCUUGUAAGACGUACGGGGGAUGGAACCGUUGGAUUUGCCCCUGCGGAAAUUUUAGAGACCUAUGAAGAGCGACUUGCCAGGCUCAACUGUUGGAAAAACGAGGUUCUAGAACGAGGUACAGAGAACACACAUUUGUCCACAGAAGACCUAAAGCUACUUGAUUAUAAUCCGGUUGACCGCAAAGCAGCAAGUAACAGCGAUGGCACAAACGGAACAGGUAAAAAUAUGUCGUCAUCUCUGGGUUCGAUACCGUCAUCAUUGACAUCAUACAAUAGUUCAUCAAUGCAAUCUCUUAGAAGCAUGAAGGAUCAUUUGACGUCGGCCGGGGCAGCCUCACUAGGCCGUAAAAGCUCGCUUAAAAGAGGAAAGAGCACCCAUAAAAAGAAUGUUACGUUUGCGGGAUCACUGCCUCAACUAACGGAGGAAACCAGUGAAGUAUAUUUACAUAAUGCAUCCGGCGAUGAUGAUGAGAAGGACGUUGUUGCAAAGCACGUGGAGGCAUCGAUACCAUUAAUUGUUCCAAAGAGAGCUUGCAGGACAAACUUUCUUAUAAACGAUCUGGAUGAGUAUGAUAGAACACAAAAGGACUCGAAUCCACCAAGUGCACCAUUUGUCAAUGGAUCUGGGUCCAUUGGAUCGUAUUCACCAUCUACCAACUCCGAUUAUAGUGAUGGUUGGGGAAACGAUGAAGUCAAGGUCAAGGAAGCCAAGGUGAUAAAGGAGCAUAGAUGCUUGAGCAAUUCAAAUAACGCUAUUGUUAAAGAGAAUAGCGAAGUGAACGAGUCGCGAUUCAAUACUCUAAGAAAGCUAUCCGGCAAGGAUGAAAAAUGCAAUAAAGGCGACAGUAAGAAAAAGCAUUCAAUACCACUUUCCCAAAGUAUUCAAAUGUUGGACGACUUGAUACAAAACAGUCCUGAGUUCAGCUCUCAGAGAUUGCGGGAUAAAGGGAACAAAUUUGUAGAUGCCGAAUUUGUACCUCCCGAUUUUAACGAUCAAGAUAGCAGUACCGGGCCGAGCACAAUUUCCACAUUAAGAAAGCGUUACAAGAGUGAGGAUUUAUCAUAUAACAACGUUCGAAAAGUAAAGGAUACUAGAAAACCACCUCGGGCUGUGUCAGAUUCAGGCUCUUUCACAAAAUUGCAUCCUGUGACUAGCGAGAUUUUCAAUCCUCUGAUGAAUCACAUGGAGGAGCUAGAGAAAAUGAUGAAAGAUAUUUACAUUGAAAAUCCAUCUACACACAAAUGA